AUGUCUGCGACUACUCGCAAGCCCGGGACUCCGGGCAACUCGGCCAAAUCGUCAACAACCUCAGACAGUCCCUCGGUCAACGGCACCCCGUCGCGCGCCCAUUCUCGAUCUCCCAGCGCCGCGACAAAUGGCAUCUCCAGAUCUCCGUCACUUCGAGGCUCGACUCCCGUCUCUGCGCGCGCCGCCGCCCGGAAGCCCGGUCGGUCCAACCUCAGCAUGUCCAGCGUUCCGAAAGUUGCCUCCGACCCGACCGAAGAAGACGCCCGAGCGCAAAAUGCCGCCCUCAUUGACGAUCUCAAGGAGCAAUUGCAGAAAGCCGAAAGCGCCUCCGAACAAUAUCGCAAGCAGCUGGGCGUGCUCCAAAUGCGCCUCGAUGAGGCCGUGAGUGAGCAAGGCAAGCUGGACGAUCAGGCUCAUGAGAAAGAUAGUCGGAUCGAGGCCUUGAACGGUGAGAUUCGGGACCAUGUACGACAGAUUCGCGACCUGGAGCAAGCCCAUGAGCAGGAACGCAAUGCCAUGCUCCAGGAGAAGGAACAGCAAGCGAGCCGAGAAGAGGAAAUGCAGGCGACCAUCCAGCGCCUCAAGGAUUCGCUGGCUCAGAAGGACACCGACAAAAACGUCACCCGUUCUUCGAGCUUCCGUAAUCGCUCCUCUCCCGACGUCGACGGCCAAUUCGCACCCUCGUCGCAGCUUGAACGCAGCCCGUCCCGAAACAAUUCCAAAUUGCUCUUGCAGAAGGAUAAGCUGAUCGAGUCUCUCCGACUGGAACUCGCCGAGUCUCAGAUCAAGCUGGUGGAAAUGGAGAACAAAGGCGGGGGCCGCCAGCGGGAGCUGGAAAAGGAGCUCCUGGAGGCUCGGAUGGCCAACGCUCGCCUGAUGGAAGACAACGAGAGCUACCAGCUGCUUCUCAGUGAGAAGACGUUGAAUGGUGAUUUCACCAAGGGCGAUUUCAUGCGAGAUGCCCUCCCUGAUGCUACAGAUGCCAAGGAAUCCGGUGGCGGCUUGGGCUCACUGGCUGACGAGCUGGAAUCUGUAGACGAAAAGGCCGAGUUCGACGGCUCGCGCAAGCUCGAGUCGGAAGUGAAGGCCCUCAAAGACCAGAACAAAGCCUUGACUCUCUAUAUCGAACGCAUCAUCAGCCGGCUGCUUCAACACGACGGUUUCGAGACCAUCCUGGACAGGAACGAGAACGAAGCGCCCGCCAAACCCCCAGUGUCGAACAAUAAGGACCUUCCCCCAAUCCCCCCGGAGAAGGACGAUCCCACACAGCAGACCUUCCUGCAGCGAGCGAAGUCGGUUGUUGCGCCGAGCCGGCCUCCGCGAUCCCGUCCUGCGAGCUACAUGCCACCACCUCCUGCGCCGACAAGUGUACCGACCGCUCACGAGAACCCGGACACUGCUCCCAGCAUUCCGCUGAACCGGGGCCAGUCAGUGCGCUCUGGCCAUCGCAGAGCGAGAUCGGAACAGACGGACCCCGCGGCCGCGGCUGUCGUGGGCCAGAUGUAUCGCGGCCGGAACUCUGGUGGACCCAUUAGUCCCACUAUCAUGGGCCCCGGUUCCCGCCAAAGUGCAUUCUCUGGAGCGAGCUAUAUGUCCAGCAUGAGUGGCAGUGGACGUGCUCCCUCUUUGGGUAGCCAACCGGACCGCGGUCGGAUGAGCAGCUCGAACAGUGUCACAAGCGACCCUCCGGGUGACACUGCUUCCACUGGUGCCACUUCGAGUUCCCCCCGAUCUAGCACCGGUAUGACCAACUAUACUGGGGCGGUAAUGACCCAGAGCAAACUGCGUCCGCUGCGACUCGUUAGCGAGACCAAAGCUGCCGAAGAGGAGGAGGCUCGUAAGAAGGCAAACCGGGGAAGUUGGAUCCCCUGGUUCAACCGGCCCACUUCGAGCGAGUCGACCCAGCCUGCUUCAAACUGA